AUGAAGUAUCUUCAAGCCCUGCAGAUAUUAUCUGCAGUAGUCGCGCCUGUCAGAGCCGCCUUCUCUUGGAGCACCGUUCAUAUCGGAGGCGGUGGAGGCUUCGUGCCCGGGAUCGCUUUUCACCCCAAGACAAAAGGCCUGGCAUACGCGCGAACAGACAUCGGUGGUCUUUACAGGCUUAACGCGGAUGAGUCAUGGACGGCCAUUACAGAUAGCAUAACCACAGAUGCAAAUUGGAACCGAUGGGGUGUUGACGCGUUGGCACUGGAUCCUCAGGAUGACACCAAAGUCUACGUCGCCUUGGGAAUGUAUACCAACAGUUGGGACCCAAACAAUGGGGUCAUCGCCCGCAGCUCGGACAAGGGCGCUACAUGGAGCAUAACGAAUCUGUCUUUCAAAGUCGGAGGAAACAUGCCGGGAAGAGGCAUGGGGGAACGCCUAGCAGUUGACCCGGCCAACUCCAAGAUUAUCUACUUUGGGGCGCGUAGCGGAAAUGGUCUUUGGAAGUCUACGGAUGGGGGUGCAACUUUCAACAAGGUCACCUCCUUUACAGCCACAGGUACCUAUGUCGCUGACCCCAGCGACACCAACGGCUACAACAGCGACAUUCAAGGCCUUGCUUGGGUCACAUUCGACUCUACUUCUGCCCUUACCAAUGGCGCAACAUCAAGAAUCUUCGUUGGCACGACUAGCAACGGCACUCAGCAGGCUGUUUGGCAAUCUACAGAUGCCGGCGCGACAUGGAGUGCGGUUGCUGGCCAGCCUGGCACGUUCUUCCCGCACAAGGCCAAGCUGCAGCCGACAGAGAAAGCUCUGUAUCUCACCUACUCGGACGGCAGUGGACCAUACGAUGGAACCAACGGUGCGGUAUAUCGCUACAGUUUGACCAACAACACCUGGGCAAACAUCACACCCGUCUCGGGCUCGAACUUGUAUUUUGGAUUCGGAGGCCUAGCUUUGGACGCGCUCAAGCCGGGAACUCUGGUCGUGGCAGCACUUAAUUCGUGGUACCCUGAAGCCCAGUUUUUCCGUUCCACCGACUCCGGCGCAACGUGGUCGGUUCUGUGGGAGUGGACAAACUACCCAGCCAUGAACCGCUACUAUGGCAUCUCAACGCCACUUGCCCCUUGGAUCUACAAGAGCUUCAUUUCGAGGGCCGAUGCAGAGCAACUCGGUUGGAUGAUUGAGUCGGUGGAGAUUGACCCUUUCGACAGCGACCACUGGCUAUACGGCACCGGCUUGACAGUCUAUGGUGGCCAUGAUCUGACAAAGUGGGAUACUACGCACAACAUCAGCAUCCAGUCUUUGGCAGACGGGAUCGAGGAAUUUUCCGUGCAGAACAUUGUAUCCGCCCCAGGCGGAAGUGAGCUGCUCGUCGCUGUAGGGGACGACAAUGGGUUUACUUUCAAGAGCGCGUCGGACCUCAAAACCAGCCCAGCAUCCACAUGGGAUACCCCCUUCUGGUCGUCUUCGCCUGACGUUGACUAUGCUGGAAACAAGCCCGCCAACGUCGUUCGCAUUGGAAACGCAGCAGGUUCUCAGCAGGUGGCACUCAGCAGCGACGGAGGAGCAAGCUGGAACAUUGAUUACGCCAGCAGCACAACGGAUUACGGCGGACAUGUAGCAUACAGCGCCGAUGCUGACACAAUCGUUUGGUCGAGCUCGACUUCAGGUGUCCUCCGUUCUCAAAACCAGGCCACUUUCGCGGCUGUGACCGGCCUCGCGUCCGGAGCUCUUAUUGCGAGCGACAAACGUAACAACACAGUCUUCUACGGUGGUGCUUCGGGUGCCUUCUAUGUGUCUACCAGCACUGGAUCAUCUUUCAGCAAGGCUGGGGCUCUAGGUACCGUGACUUCAGUGAACGACAUUGCACCGCAUCCGACUGUUGCAGGAACGGUGUACGUCUCCACAGACAUUGGUAUUUUCAAGUCCACCAACUACGGUGCUGCAUUUACCCAGAUAUCCACCGCUCUCACUUCAACUCAGCAGAUCUCUCUUGGCCUUGGCUCAGGAACCACCUGGAACAUCUACGCUUUCGGCACCGGGUCAGCAGGAAACAAGCUUUACGCAUCAGCCGACGACGGAAAGACGUGGACGGAUAUUCAAGGGACCCAGGGCUUUGGCUCGAUCAGCAGCUGCAAGCUCGCAGGAAGCGCGAAUACAGCGGGGCAGGUCUAUGUGGGCACGAACGGAAGGGGUGUCUUCUAUGCUUCAGGGACGGUCAUCGACAACCUCCUCCAGCAGCGUCAAGCCAACCACAUCUACUACAAGCUCAAGUGCUAA